UUUAAUAUGGCGGACGUUUGAUAUUAAAAUAUUUUGGUGAUGUAGAAUGCAACAAAUUAGUGGAUAUAUGUAUGAAGUUACUUCAAAAUAAAUUAUAUUUAGACUACAAGUCGACAAAAUUGCUUCUACAAGCUUAAAGAUGUGUGAUGCAUGCUCCGAUUUUCUGCAACUGCUUGUUUCAUACGAGGCUCAGUUUUGUACGGAAACCACUGAACAACCUAUUUUAACCGGUAGAGAUGUGGAUACUGUUUUUGUUUAUGUCCAGACUUGGCCAGCCAGGCAAUGCAUGUGUUGUUACCGGGAUCCAAAAAAUCUUGAGCGUUUCAGCUAUGUUACCCAAGGCCUUAUCUAUAUGGCAGCUAGUCAGUUAAAACUUUUAGCGGAUAAAUCAUCAGAAAGCAGUAAACCAGCAGAAUCAGAGCCCGAAAAUAAAGAUGCGAAAACUGUCAAAUCACCCGAAGACGAAAAGGAGAACCCAGAAGUUAUAGAGCGUGACAAGCUGCUCAUUCUGGUCUCAAAAAUAUUUUUAUUGAAUUUCCCUUUAUACGUAGCCUACAAGCAUACCAUACAAGCCAAGAUCGAUGAAUUGACGCAGCAAGAAAUGCAAAAUUUGAAUUUGUUUUGUGAUCUGCACGAUUCUGAGAUUCCUAUUUAUUUGUUGAAGAAUGUCAGUUGGUUCUGUAAGAUGGGAGGUCUCUUAGCGAUGACUACUUGUUUUACACAACUCUCUCCCGAGUUGUUACCGAUAUCGACUGCACACGCUAUGAUAUCUAUAGUCUGUAAUUUAAAGCUUUGGAUGAACUACAAGAGCAUGGUAUCCAUGUUAGUACCUUUAAGAUCCUGUGUUCUGAGAUAUAUGUGUAAGCUCUCCGAUCAGGAUUUGAGAACACCCACUAUUAAAAGUAUGGCUGAUUUUAUGUGGAACGCCAUCAAAGACCCUUUGGAUUCACACGUAGCUUUCGAUAUUGACGGCCUAGAUCUUGCCUUCAAGUAUUUCACUUCAACUACUUUAACUAUGCGUUUGGCUGGUAUUACGCAAAUUAACAAUCAGAUCGGACUACUGGCCGAAAUAUGUGUUGGAGAAUCUCUUCCUGAAGCCGAAGCUGCACCGAGACAAAUGGCAGAUUGGCUGAUCAAUAACAACAUUAUUUCACAUAUUUUUGGACCAAAUCUUCAUGUUGAGGUCAUAAAACAAAGCCAUAUAAUUUUAAACUUUCUGGCAAUGGAGGGACGAAUCACUUGCGAUCAUAUGGACGUAAUUUGGGCAGCUGCUCAACUAAAACAUUGUUCAAAACCUGUCCACGAUCUGUUACCGGGUCUUGUUAAACAUUUAGCAGCCGCGCCUACUUUACAUCUCUAUAGUUUGUUAACGAAGCUUGAACCUAAGGAUCACACGGAACAAACCUUGUAUUUGGCCUCAGCUUUAAUAAAAGCUGUGUGGUCUCGAGGAAGCGGUGCUCCAGAUAUUGGUCUUAUUAAUGUAGCUGCAUCAAACGCUGGAAUAGCUCUUCACAAAUGCACUACUUCGUCUGAAAAUAGUGUAAGCCUGGAUCCUAGCAACUCAGAGGAAGAACACGGCGAGAGUUCGGCACAGUCAGAAAGUAGAAAAAGUGAAAGUGAGGAUAUAGACGCAGUAGAAAUAGAGGAGGAUGAAAAUGGGCACAUUGUGGUGGAUAAUAGUGGACCUCCGCCGUGCAAACUGGCUCGAAAACAAGUUAUCGAAAGGGCACAUUGUAAUGGAAGCAGUACGGAUUCAGAAUUAGACGGAUUGUCAUAUCCAGCAAAUACGAAAUGGGCGCCCGGACAGGGAAAAAUUAAAGCCGAAACUCGUGCGACGGUACGCAAGAAAAUAGCAGCCAAGAUCAACAUUUUGCCGAAAGUUGACGAGAAUAUCCCUUCCAGUAGUUCUCAAGAUGAGGCCGAUACUGAAGACUCCCCUUCGAAAUUAAGGAAACGAAGAAAAUUGUUAAGGAAAAGCAGGUCCAAAAGACAAAAGGGCAGUCACAAAAGAAUUCAGCGUAUAGCCGCCAUAGAAGCGAUGGAUAGUGACCACGAGAUCAAGAACCGUUUAAAAAUGAUCAAUCAUAAUUUGCAUGUGGCCCAAAUAAAUAAUGUGGUGGAUUUAAACGUCAAACAGGCUGUAUAUCUGGAGGAAAGUUCUUCCUGUAGUGAACUAGGCAAAGAAGGCCAUGACGGAAAUUGUGCUAAUUUUUUAGCUUUACACUCAUCGUCAGGGCAUGUUUUGGAAAUGCUAAGUGGAGAAGAAGCCGAAGUGGAAGGAGACGCCGAAGGUAGCUAUUCUUCUCGUAUGAGCAACAAAUCAGAAAAGAAUAUGGCUGAUUUCGACGGAGAAGAUUCCGUUUGCGAAGACGAACUUGCCAGAUUGACAGAGCACGCUAGUAUGAACCUGCACGUAUUUAACCAUCCAGCGGAAAAGGCCACGAUUCGUGCUGAUUUAAGAUUAUCGGCUUGUUUUAAAGUUGAUAAUGUUUGUCAGCCUGGUAAUACGUUACUUUGGGAUUUGCUACAAGAUGACAAGAUCUGUCAGCUUGGGGAAGGUUUGGCUUUAGAAGCCGAAAAGACGUUAUGUAAUUUGAUCUGUUUCACUCCCGAUAAAGAAAUUAGGAUGAAGUUUAUCGAAGGUUGCUUGAAUAAUCUCGCAAAUAAUGUAUCUGUUGUUGUUUCUCUGCGUAUGCUUCCGAAGUUGCUGACAUCUUUUCGUGGACUCGACAUGCAUCACGUAACUCACUGGGCCGAUCGGCAGCACCACAUGAUGACGCAUUUUUUUAGUAACUUAAAGGUUUAUACUGCCAAUCCCAGUAGGUCGUUGCCGAUGUAUACGCAUCAGAUGCAAGUACAAGUUAGGCUGCACUUCUUAUCGGCUGUAUUUUCUCCAGUGGUAUCUCCUAAUAAUUUUAAGUUAACAACCGAUCAAGUAGAUAUAUUAUGGGAAUGUCUAGCUCGCGACUCCGAGUGUUCAGACGAACUAUUCAGUUGGUUACUAUCUCAGACGAAAACUACGGAGCUGCAUGCACUGAAAAUGGAGGCACUGCGUAGACUUUAUAUUCAUCAUCUGCCAAGUUUAGCCCCGGAGAAGUUUAGUAUGAUUUGUCUUAGUUUAUUUCAGCAAUUAUGUACUUUAAAUAAUGUAUUAGUUAAUGAUUCUGAGAAUAAAAAGGAAAAUCAAAACGUUGGAAUGGAUCACAUGUGGAAGAUUGCUUUGAAAGCAAGUAAUACAGAAGUCAGUAUGGCCGCAAUACAAUAUAUAAACAGCUAUUAUAUGGGUUCCAACCUUCAACACGAAAACCAGUUUGUAUGGCAGUGUAUGACACAUCUGAAAGCAGCUUCGGAAGAUUUGACAUCUGGAAAUAAUGGUACAGAGGAAGCUUCUCUGUUAUGCAUACAGAGGGCGUUGUUGUUAAUGAAAAGUCACAUAGAGACAUUUCGAAGAAGAUAUGCGUUCCAUCUGAGGAAAUGGGCGUUAGAAGGUAAAGGUAUUGGAAGCCAUUCCGCCUCAUUGGGAGAUAGACCCAGUGCCCCUAUUAGAUUAGUUGUACAAUCUGGGAGUUCUGCCGAACGAUGUUUUUUGGAUUUAUUUAACACUGAUUAUAUAGCGGAGUUAAGGGCAGAAAUUGUCAAAUGGUGUGAAGGACUUCAACAAAUGAAGGGGGAUUCCCAAGAAAAUAGAACGAAAUCUGGUGAAACAUGGAUAAGGAUAAUCACCCAAGGUCAGGAAGUGACUAUUGACUGCGAUGAAAAGACUUUAGCAGAAAUGGGAUUUAAAGAUAACCAGAUCGUUUAUAUAUCGAUAGGCAUGUCGAGGAAUAUGAAGAAACGGGAGUUUAUGGAUGCACCAUCUUUACACCCGCCUCCUCCUCGGGAAUGUUUACCAACAUUACUUCUUCUACAGCCAAAUUACUUUGAGCAGCUAUUUUCCUUAAUGCACACACUUAGUUCAAUGAAAAUUCAAAUUAAAGGAGGGUGCCAAUUACCACAUACAAGAGCCCAAGUUCUCAGCAGAAGAGUAUGGGAUAUUCUUAGCUUAUUACCAACCAGUCCCAAACUUCUUCGUGGUUUCAAAUACUUGGAUAUCCCUCUUCCAGAAUUGUUAGAUCCUUCAAGUGCUCAAAAAUUAAUGUAUUCUUUGUAUAUUGUCGAAUCUUUAAGCGCCAAAAUGUACCGAGGAAAGUAUUCAGAUGAAGGGGAUGGAGAGGAAGAGUCGUGGACUAGAAAAUUCGUAAAGCAUGGUGGAUUAAGUCACCUCUUCGAUAUUUUUAUGUCUGGUAUUCUUCAAAGAGACGGAGGAGAUUGUUCUGACUGGCAACAAGACUGUCUCGCAUCUCUCUUAAAAAUCCUGUGCCAUUUGGGAGUCGAAUCUGUACACCAAGAAAACAUUAAGCCCCGUAAUGAAAAAAUAAUCAUUCCCGAUUUGAACGGUUGUUUUUUAGCUUUAAUGGACAAAAAGUCAAUGAUGGCGCAGAUUACUAGUAUUUUGGAAGAAGCGUCGAGGCCCAACGAUGUGAACCGUUAUAAGACUGGUUUUUGGGGGAGAGCGCAAGUAGUUCAUUACGCUCUGGCUUUGUUGGUAUCCUGGUUGCAUUGCUGCGAGGAAGCUAGAGUUGAUUUGUUUCAAUCGACUAAUUUUUCCGAAUGGUUGCAGAGAUUGGUUUUAGAAGAUCCAGAGCCAGCUGUGAGGCGUGAAGUAUGUUCAGCCAUAUACCGAUUGUGUUUAGGAGUAUCAUCCAAUCGCGAACCCAUUGAGAAUAGUUUAAUAGCUCCUAUGUUAUCCCAGUUAUUAAUGUAUAUGGAAAAAGCAGAGGGCAUGAGACCACAGAAAUUAGAAGCUUUACAAGCUCCCGAAGAAGGAAAAGAACCUUAUGGCCCGGCUUGUCGUGACUACUUCUGGCUUGUAUCCAGACUAGUAGAUAGUUUGCCGGACGAGUUGGUAAAAGACAGUCUCGAUGACCCUCAAAAUUGUGUCGUGGACAUCAAUGGACUAACGGAGAAAAUUUCAAAGGCGAUUAUCGCAAGAGAUUACCUCGAAGCACGGCACCAUACGGUGGACGAUGAUGGAUUAAUAGGAUUGUUGAAUUUGGUUACAAAUUUAUUGAAACAUAAGCCUUCCUUUCAGACUAGUAAAAUUGGACAGGAAGUAUUGUGCGAGGUCUUUGAUUUCCUGUUUGCUCUGCCCAGCCCAAAGCUUAGACACGUACCGAAAUGCAAGUCGCCGAGGUCAAGAACCGCCGCUUUCGAUUUGUUGGUUGAAUUAGUGAAGGGAUCUCCAGAAAAUUAUGCUUUACUACAUGAGAAAUUAUUAAAGCAGCAUCAACCAGGACCUAAUUCUCCCUAUCCGUGGGAUUACUGGCCUCAUGAAGAUGGAAGAUCGGAAUGUGGCUAUGUUGGUCUAACAAACUUGGGAGCUACUUGUUACAUGGCUUCUUGUAUGCAACACCUCUACAUGAUGCCUCAAACCAGAGCAUCUAUCUUAGCUGCUGAUACGGAUCAAGCGAAACACGAACCCACUCUUAAAGAACUACAAAGAAUGUUCGCAUAUUUAUUGGAAAGCGAAAGAAAGGCUUACAAUCCUAGAAGCUUCUGUAAAGUGUAUUCCAUGGAUCACCAACCGCUUAAUACGGCUGAACAGAAGGAUAUGGCGGAAUUCUUUAUAGAUUUGGUUAGUAAGUUGGAAGAAAUGACUCCCCCUCUAAAGGAAGUGAUAAAAAAAUUAUUCUGUGGUGUUAUAAGCAAUAACGUCGUCUCGUUGGACUGUGAUCACGUCAGCAGAACCUUAGAAGAAUUCUACACUGUCAGAUGUCAAGUAGCCGACAUGCGCAAUCUCUACGAAUCUCUGGACGAAGUCACGGUAAAGGACACUUUAGAAGGAGACAAUAUGUACACUUGUUCUCAAUGCGGGAAGAAAGUUCGAGCUGAAAAACGAGCUUGUUUUAAAAAAUUACCUCAUAUUUUGUGUUUUAAUACGAUGAGGUAUACUUUUAACAUGUUGACGAUGCUUAAAGAAAAAGUUAAUACCCAUUUCUCGUUUCCUUUGCGACUGAACAUGGCGGGGUAUGUGGAAAAGCAACUGAUGCCACAGCAAUAUCAAGAGGAGAAACAGAAAAAUGCUGAGAUUGAGAAUGUUGAAGACGAGCAGUAUGAAUAUGAUCUUAUUGGAGUUACUGUACAUACAGGUACUGCUGAUGGUGGCCAUUACUACAGUUUUAUCAAAGAUAGGACAGCCGGGUCCAGGGACAAAUGGUUUCUCUUUAACGACGCAGAAGUCAAACCGUUCGAUCCGAAUCAGAUAGCCGCAGAAUGUUUCGGCGGAGAGAUGACCAGUAAAACUUACGAUAGUGUUACCGAUAAGUUUAUGGACUUUAGCUUCGAAAAGACUAAUAGUGCUUAUAUGCUGUUUUAUGAGAGAUGUCCCUUGUCGGAACCGAUGAAUCAGAGAAGUCCUUCAACGACUGGUGAAAGCUGUGAAACUAUUCCGAGUUCUCCUUCGUCUGUUAUGACGAUCGAAUUAAGCAAGGAGCUGGAAGAUUGGAUAUGGCAGGAUAACAUGCAUUUCAUCCAGGAUAAGAAUAUUUUUGAACACACGUACUUCAACUUCAUGUGGCAAAUUUGCGGAUACAUUCCCCAAACUAUUCUACCCGUAGAACCGAAUAUCACUCAAAAGGCUGCUCAAUUGUCAACGACAUUUUUUAUAGAAACAUUUAUUCACGCAAAAGAAAAACCAACCAUGGUGCAAUGGGUCGAACUAGUCACCAAACAAUUUAAUGCUUGCCAAGAAGCUUGCAUUUGGUUCUUGGACCAUAUGGCGCAAGAUACGUGGUGGCCUAUUCAAGUACUGCUUAAGUGUCCCAACCAAAUGGUGAGGCAGAUGUUCCAAAGACUGUGCAUUCACGUUAUACAAAGACUGAAACAGUCCCAUUCUAAAUUGUACCUUCAAAUGGAGGACGGAAAGGAGUGGAAGAACGAAGAAAACGGAAACGUGGACCCUUGUAAAAUUGGAAAUGCGUCAUGUGUCACUAGGUUCAUAAAAACAUUACUGUCUCUGAUGGAACAUGGCGCCAAAGCUCACUUAAAACACCUCACAGAAUACUUCGGAUUUCUCUACGAGUUUAGUAAAAUGGGCGAGGAAGAAUCAAAAUUUUUGCUCGCUGUGGGAGCCAUCAAUUCCAUGGUACAUUUCUAUUUGGGCCAAAAGUCGAACGAUUUCGUAGACGUGAGUGAAGGUGAAGAUGAAGAAGAGGUAGUUUCGUUGCCUACAGACAAGUACAAACCAGCCUCUUUAGAUAAGAUGAUAACUCUCAUAGCUUCUUUGGUGGAGAAAAGUAGAGAUGCGAGUGGGAAGCUUCAGCUUAGCGAAAAGGACUAUUCGGCGAUAGCGGGAGGCAAAGGUUUCAACUUCUUUUUUCAACAGAUUAAGGAUAACAUUAAUCUGCAGCAAACGAGAAAUCUCAUUCAUUCAAUUUGUAGGGGCAAUAACCAGUUAGCUCAGUUAAUAAUUUGUAUGAUAUCUCAGGCGAUAUCCAGGAAUUCAGAAGGAUGUCAGCCUUUUUUUAAGAUACUUACUCUUCUAACAGAGACUAGCGCACAAAACUCUUCACAACAACCAUGUUUCACGCAGUUGGUCCUUCAGAAAGUAUGGGACGCCGCCGAAUGUUGUCCAUAUCUAGCUUUAGAUUGGUUAGCCUUGCAAGUAACAAGAAACAGACUGGUGCACUCUUGGGUGUUGGGCUCAAUGGAUUCGUGGCUGGAACAUUUUCUGAUUGGUCAUAACAAUCAACGAGUGAGGAAUACUGCGGGUUACCUUUUAGUGGCUUUGGUGCCAAGUACACCUUUUAGGCAAGGUUUUAGAGCGACUCAUAGAUCUAAUAGAGAACCUCAGCUUUCUACAGAAGCCACCGCGGUUCUUCACCAAAUCUAUACGGCUCUUCUAAGAUUGUUACCUUCUGCUAAACAUUACACUGACAUGCAGCAACAUGGAACUAUGAAAUUAACGACUUAUUUUGCCUUAAUGAUGUAUUGCUGCAUUUCGAGGACUGAAAAAUUAAUGUUUGGACAGUAUUUUAUGCAAUUGUGGCAUUUAUUUCAUCCUAAAUUAUCAGAACCGUCCAUACCUGCCUACCAUAAUAAGCAAACACUGCUAGCAUUUUGGAACCAUGUUUGUACUGACUGUCCGGAAAAUGUACAAUUAAUGCUUCAAAAUGCCCACGUGACCAAAAACAUUGCAUUUAAUUAUAUCUUAGCUGAUCAUGACGAUCAAGAAAUAGUUAUGUAUAAUAGGGCCAUGUUACCAGCUUACUACGGUAUAUUAAGAAUGAUGUGCCAACAAUCUAGGACGUUUACUAGAAGCUUAGCACAACAUCAAAACUUACAAUGGGCAUUUAAAAACAUCACUCCGCAUCCUACUCAAUAUCCACAGGCUGUAGAAGAAUUAUUUAAAUUAAUGCAACUAAUGGUGAUCAAACAUCCCGAUGCUUCAGAAGGCGAGCAAAGAGAAAUUUAUAGUUUUAGGAAAAAUACUCUAAUGACCUAUCUACAGUGUUUUCAGUGUCUCGAUGGAAGAACGAGUUGGGGUACAUUAAUAUCGGCCUUUAGGAUACUAUUAGAAACAAACGAUGAUAAGUUGUACGUCGUUUAUAAUGGUGGUUUGCAAAUUGUUUUUGAGUGUUUUCAAAAUCUUCAUUUAAUGCUUCAUGAAGCAACUGCUUGUCAUGUUGUGGGUGAUAUGUUAGACAUUCUCACUAUAAUGCAAGACCUGUUGGUUAGUAUUAGAAUGUACAGAGACAUUAAAGAUGCUAGAGGAAUUUUACUUGCUACAAAAGACUGGCUGGAGGUGUUAAGAAAACUGGCGACUUUAUUGAAUACUUACAAUCCUCCGGAGAUGAGAACGUUAUGUAUAGAAUUACUUAAAGAAUUUGUUGUGAUCAUGGCAUCAGAGACUAUGCAAGUUCUGGUACCGCUACUCUCUCAUUGUCAUUCUGCAUUCCAAGAUAGUCAGGAUGCUGUACCUUUAGGACCAUAUUUUCCUAGAAAAGGCCACUCGUUACCAAUCCUCACAGUCAAAGGAGGAGCGAGACCUUUGAGGCCAAUGGUUCAGAUGACUGUUCCCCAUAAUCAGCUGGAAUGCAGUAGGGGGGUGGAUCCAGAAUACGACUUAGCCUUGGACAAAUUUUACAAUCCGUAUCACGAUUUUAUCGAUAUGAUAUUUAGAUUGGCUGUAAAUAACGAAUCUGUUACCGAAGUACUGAUAACUUUAAGCGCCAUCGUUGGUUUCGAAGCUGUACCGUUACAUUCCACGUAUUUUCCAAAAUUGUGGUUGGACAUUUAUAAAUCUCAGAAUAUCGAUAGAAAAUAUAUAAAUAUGUUGGUUACUUGUAACUAUUUUGUGGAUUACGUAGAUGCUGUACUAUUGGACGAGAGAUCGGCUUUGACUGUUGAUAUUAUUUACGAAUUUUUAACUUUAUUUUUUCCGAAGGUAUCCGCCCAUGUACUCUCCGAACAGACUCUGACGAUGAUAGACAACACGGUAGUCUCUCUUAGCGAACAAAUAGGAUCUUUGAACAUUUUAAAAAUGGCCAAACGAUUAGCUGGCGACAUUAGGGCGUUAAUAUUGGUAUAUAAUAGUCCAGAAGCUGUCCCUCCGCCGUUGCUGCUCACUACCCUAAAACAACUACAGAGUAAAAUUAAAUUGGAAAUGAAUAAACUUGAUAUACCUAAAGAUAAAUGUGAUGAAGCUGCAAGCAAAAGUGACUCGAAAGAAGAAAUCAGUCCCGGUUCAUCAAGGGACGAACGCUCUUCUGGCGAAUCAGAAAACCUAAACAAAACUAAAAGUGAUAGUGAUACUGAAACUCAAAGUACUUCAUGUGAUAAAAAUAGUUCAGACGAAAAGAAAAAGGAAAAAUCCUUUGGACCCGUAGAAAACUUAGAAUUAUUAAGUAAAUCGGUAAACGAACUUAUCGAAAUUGUUAAGAAGGAUGCUUAGUCCGAUCGAAAAAAGUAAUACUACAUCGAAGUAACGAUUUUAUUAAAGGUACAACUGGUUCAGUUCGGAGAUAUAUUUGACUGUUCAGUGUUAACGUUUUUUUCCGUGGAGAAUACUAGGGCGGUCUGAUAAGUACUUCAAGCCUUCAAAACACUUGAACCAGCGGUGUUCCACCUUCUUUAACCCGUCUCGGGUUUUCUCGAGCUCUGUAAAGUAGGCUUCCGUGGCGGUGAUGAACUCCUUAGUCGACUUAAAUUUCUGCCCGGCGAGUGAUUUUUCAAGUUUGGAAACAAAAAGAAGUCCUGUAGGGCCAAAUCUGGAGAACAUGGUGGAUGGGACAGUAGUUCGUAGCCCAAUUCGAUCAAUUUGGCCUUGGCGACGGAGGAAGUGUGAGCCUGUGCGUUGUCAUGGUAGAAGAGUACUUUUUUUCCCUAAUUGGACUGUUUUUUCUGCAAUUCGGCGUCGAAACGACCCAAUAAUGCGGCCUAGUAAAGCCCUGUGACCGUUUUGUACUUUUCCAGGAAGUUCAUAUAGAUCAUGCCUUUUGAAUCACAGAAAAUGGUGGCCAUCACCUUUCCGGCCAAUUGGACAGUCUACGCCAUCUUUGGAGCUUCGCGAGGUGACAUCCACUGUAUUGACUGUUCCUUGGUCUCUGGUGUGAACCAGUAGAACCAUGUUUCGUCGACAGUUAUGAAACAACGUAGAAACUUUGGAUUACGCUUAAACAGCCUCGGAUACUUCUCCGAAGUGGUCUCAUAUUUGCGCUUUUUGUCCGGAGUGAGCAAAUGCGGCACUCAUUGUGCCGACAGCUUUCUUGUGCCCAAAUGUCAUGCAGGUUAUGCGCCACGCGAUCUUGUAAGAUGCCUCAUACUGUCUCAGCUAUCUCGCGCACCUUUAGUCGGCGGUCUGCCAAUACGAAAUCGUGGAUUUCUUUCACGUUAUCCUCCGUGGUAGUGAUGGUGAUUAUAGUUACUUUCGAGUAUUCGUUACAAAUCGUUACUUUUGUAUAAAGUAAUCAUUUACAGUAUUCGUUACUUUGAUUACUAUGAUUACUUUUGUAUUUGAGUACCGGUAAUCAUAUCGAGAAUCGCAUUUCUCAGUAUUUCGUAUAAGAUCCGAUAUAACAACGACCUUCACCGAUCUAUUUAAUGGAUAGAAGUUAAAUGAUGUGUUAUCUAUUAUGUUAAAAAUUAUUAAAAACAAAUUAUUAAAAAAAAACAUAAUUUUGUCCAGACUAAUUAAUAAUUAAAAAUGAAUUUUUUUAUAAAUUCUACUAAUUUUUUUUGAAUUGGAAAAGACUGCAAGACUUGUACACAUCAAAAGUUUUUUGAAAACAUACACCUGUUUGCCGUUUUGACCUAAUUUUUUUUGGCCCGGGCAGAUAUUAUUUUAGAUUUUUGGAUCACAACAAUACACAUAGACCAAGGCAUUUAGGAAAAAAUAAAUGAUUUUUAGAGAAAUAGUGAAACAGGAAAAAGUUUUCAAUAGAAAAAUGGGUGGAAAUUCAUAAUUGCAGUAUAAAAUGCAUCCAAAAGUACAUAAACAUGUCAAAAUCAAUAUAUUAAGGGUCAGACUUUGUUAUUCGGGGGUUUUUGGGAUCACUGAACACGACUACGCAAUCAGAUCCAACCUCCGAAGCACCUGGUGCCCAGGGUUACUGCUAAUGUACGUCAUCUAUAGUUUCGAGGGUUUUGGCACUUAAUUGAUGCAAACAAUUACUCGAGGGUUUUUGGGAUUGCUGAACACGAAUACGUCAUUAAUAAAUAUAUUUUUAAAUAUAGUAAUAUUUAAAAAUAUACUUAUUCCUGUGUUUUUAAUGUUAAAUGACCUGCUCUAAUAAAAACAAUGCCAUACCUACAUGUAAAAUAAUUAAAGUUGAUAAUCAUAGUCUAGAAAUAUUAUCAUUUCUACAUUUUUUUCGGUCAAUCUAAGCUAUUUUUUUUCUAGGCCUGAUAAGAAUAGUGUGUAUUUAUUAUUAAAAUCUAAUAUGUUGCAUUUUUAUUUUCAAAGGAACGAACAUCUAUGAAAUUCUGUGAAUUAUCUACCUCCACAAAUCGUAUAGACAUCUGUUUCUGGGUCCAUACUUUCAUGCUUUGUUAAAUGAUAUACCUCUCUCUGUUUCAGCUACUUCUCAGCGCCCUGUAAUCCUGUAAAACUCUUAAUAGCCUUCGCCCUUCAUAGAUAAAAUUUUAGUUAACUGUACUGAUACCGAACACUCGUGGAAUAUCGGUCCGAUUCCGAUAUCAACCGAUUGUAGAUACAAUACUCAAAUAGGUACUCGCCCUGAUACGAUUGCUACGAAGUAACGAAGUAAGCAGAGUAAUCAAAGUAAUCAAAGUAACGAUUUGCCUCUCUGUAUAGUAAUCGUUACUUUCGAUAUUCGUAAGUAACGAGUACUUUGUAACGAAUAGUUACUUUUUUAACAUCACUACUCCGUGGUAGCCAUUUUCGGGGCACCUGGGCGUGACUUAUCAAAUACCGAUGUGCGACCACGUCGAAACUCGUUAAACCAAUUUUUUACGGUCGUCAUCGAAAAAAAAGAGUCACCAUACACAGUAUCCAAGCGCUCUUUGUUUUCACUGCGGAAUUUCCCUUAAAAAGAAGAGUCGAAUCACCGACCGAUAUUGCUCUUUUUUUCAUUUUUCUAAAAUUCCAAGGCACGCCCGGUUACACACGCGGUCAAAACAAAAGUACUAGGCACUAGGCUGACUCGGCUAAGCAUAGGCCGUCUACAAGAAUGUUGCACGAUAGUAGAUUUCUCUUGCAUUAGUGGCGCCAUCGGGGGGAGAGGCUAACUACUUAUUGGACCACCAACGUACUGAUUACUCUUUUAGUAAUUGCCAAAUCAAGAUUCCUACAUUGUAGACCUACUUGCCUUGGAUAACCACUUUGGCUAUGCUGAAUCAGCUUGGUUAAUAUGAAGAAAAUAGUGCUAGUCUAAUAGAAGAGUAUUAUUAUUUUUUAGUAGUAAGGAUUAUAUUACUUUAAAUACAUAAUUAAUUCUU